GGUACUAUUGAGCUCAAUGAUCAGCCAUGCUCAUAGUGAAUGGUGGAGCAGGUUCAAGCAGUUGAAUAGCCUACUCCUAUGUUCUAUGUUUCUGUAUAGUUCGUGGGGCUAAAGGGAAUCAAAAGGUAUGGGGAGAAAGUGAGAGCAAGAUGUUGGCCUUGGGAUGAUUAGCAAUGAUCAUAUUAAGUAGCCUAUUUGUGCUUCUAAUGUCUAUGUUUCUACAUAUGAGUGGUAGAGGAGGUGAGUACAAUAGCAGAGUUAGUGAAUGUGAGAUACCAGAGAAGAGUUAGUGGAAUUUAUUCUGGGGAGUGCUGGGCAUUCCUCCAGCUAGAUUCGAUUGGCACAUGGGUUAAAACAAUCUUGGACUGGUCUGGUGUCCUCACCUCCACUGCUGAUUGAGAGAGGAGGAAAUCUUACAUUGGCACCAUCCUAUCGUCCAGGACCCGACCAACAUUGAUUUCCUCCUUGUCUGCCAUGACUGGAAUUUCUUGAGGACAUCAGAAAAAGGAAACCACAGGUGCCAUCGUUGUUGACUAUCAUGGGGGUGGGGUAGUGGUUGCGGAUAUCAGUGCACUUUGCGGUUCAACACUUUUUGUAGUUUCCUGGCGUAAGGUAGUGUCCGUACCUCUGCGAUGGAAAGCCUCGUCUUUAAGGGUCGCCUGUCCUGGAGGUGUGUCAUGACUUAUUCAGAAUUUGAAAAAAAUCUUUCGCUCAGCACCAGCGUGCUGCGUGACUGGUCGUGGGGGUGGAUCCUAGCCGCAAUAGGCGGCCGAUGUGGAUGUUGUUGGGCAGUGCGGAGCUCCAAAUAGAGUCAGCAGUCUGCCUCGAAGUGUUUGACAGCUACUGAUGUAAGUUGCAAUGCUGGGUACCAUGACCUGCAAAUUCUGUCUUACUUAACUUCGUAAAACGUGUCUGAGAAAGCGACACGUCUUUUGCAGAAGGAGUCACGAGCAUUUUUUUCAGUGCAGCUUGGCUGGGAACUUUGUUAACCUCUGAAGGAACGAAUACUUGUGGCGAGAUUCCUGAAAUGCUGCAAUUCAUUUGACGACGGAAUCUCCUUCCCACCGUUGACUAUAGCAGAAGUGUCGCAAUGUAGAAUAAAUAUAUCUUUAAGAAUUGCAUUUGACAAUACUAUGGAUUACUUUUCCAGGAGGUUAAUUACCAGAAUGUUGCUUCGUCGGGUUUUCUGCGGGGAAGUUCUCGGCGUGCAGUGUUUGCAGAAGGUUUUCCACAUGGAAAGUUGCAGAUUUGUUACAUUUCCUGACAAGUAAUGCAGAACUUCAGCCUAGGAUUCAAAUCUUGCGCUGACAUUUGUGCAACUGGUCUCUCGUGUGGAGUUUGCUGUAAUGGUCUUCGGUUGAAGUGUCGCGGGGCAAGAUUACCAAAAACUGCAGAAAAAAAGUUUCUUUGUUUUGUAAACAAAAAGCAACUUGGACUUUUAUUUUCCGAUGGCUCCGAGUGAGUAUUCGGGGACGAUGUCUUUUGUCAACGCAGUGGCUUGCUUAAAGUUCGAAGCGAACAUAUUUGACAGGAGCAGGUGCCAGAAUUGCUUCAAAGCUUCUGAUCUCCAUCGAAAAGACCACGGUCGCGAUGACAACCAGUUUGGCGGUCAAAACCUGCAUCUAUGUGCCAGUGCAGUUAGCCAAGAAGAUCUACAUGUUAUUACCCCAGACUGCAACCUGUAUCGUUGCUCCAGCCCUGAGGAGGUGACUGCCAGCUGGCAGAUGGAGCCAAGGAUACAUAAUCACCUAACAAGUCAGUUUACGAGGAAAUGGGCCGUGGACACAGCUCCGUUUCAGACUUCAGAGUUGUCCAGUGCCACGAUAACAAGGGGACACACAUCGCGAGGGGAACGAAUGCUGGGGUCAAGCGCCUCUGCUCUCCAAGGGGAAGGGAGGAAUUGGGACAUGCAUUCUGACAAUCCAACAUGGAGCCAUUUGCGCAACAGAAUGCACUCUUGGGGAUGGUCAGAUUCAGUGGAGACCCGAGGAAAGGCUGUUGCAUCAGUGGGCGGAGAGUUGUUAAGCGGAGACCGAGUAAGCAGCCGGAAUUCGCGGAUGGAAAGUGGAUACUUCUCCUUAGAACGAUUGAAACAGGAUUCAGUUCACAACCUGGCCCCCAGUCCACGGCAGACAGUAGAGAUCAAGAGCAUGAGCCAAAGCUCGGCUGCACUUGGCAACAUUGCAGGAGGGGGAGGGGUGCUCAGCCUCGGCCGCUUGACAUCAUCACAGAGCUCCUUUGAGUCAGAGUCGAGUUGCGGCACGGGCAGUGUGGCCAGCUCAGAUGGCAGGCUCCUCCGGCGGGACUACACAGUGUUGGCUGAUAUCCCAAUGCCAAAGCGAAUCAUCAGUCGAGAGAAAUUGGAGCAGGAUUGUAAGCAGCUAGGGCAGAGGAAUCGAACACGGAGCCCUGGACGAGAGGAGGUUGAGCGCUUGUUUGGACAAGAACGUAGGCCAGUCACUGACACGUACCGAGGAUUCAGCUCUGCCAAUGUGGGAAAUAUGGGAAGAGUGUUAGCGACAUCCCAUCGGUUUAAGGAGGAAUCAAGAAAAAGUAACACCUAUCCCAGAAAGUUUCAACAGCAGGAGACCAAUCGAGAAAUCCCUCAGCAGUCUUUUUCCAACUUGCUGAAAAGUAAAGACCGAGAUACUCCUUCAACUAAUUCAUAUGAGAAGAUGGAUACAAAGUUUUACUCACAAAAAGAUGAGUCGAAGUUUUUCACUAAAUGCUCUCGAGUGGCUUCAGAAACCAACAAGAAACUGUUCCAAGGCACUCUGCAGGAGCCCAGUCACACAAAGGUCACUACCAAGCCAAAGAAGAUACUGGAAGAACCAGCCGAAAGCUUGGCUAAAGAGUUGGACUACAGAUUUUCCUCACAAGAUCAGAAUUCCCAUACAGGAUAUGCACAGUCCAGCCCAAAAAGAGACAAGGUAGAUAUAAUUUUCUGUCCACUUGAAGAACAGAACUCUUACACUGGAUAUGUCAGCGCUUAUUCCAGAACUGAUAGGACUAGUAGAGGAUUCUCAAAUAGAACCUCUUCAGACUCGCUGAUCAGAGAUCUCUACCUACAGACUAGCGACAAGCACAAUAUGUCAGAUCGAGGAUUCUCAAGUAGAAUGUCCUUGAACUCAAUAAAUAGAGAUAUUUAUCUGCACGCAACUGAUAACAAUGAUAAGACAGAUCGAGGAUUCUCAAAUAGAACCUCCUCAAACUCAUUGAGCAGAGAUGUCUAUCUACAAAGUAGUGAUAACUGUGAUAAGAUAGGUCAAGGAUUCUCAAAUAGAACCUCCUCAAAUUCAUUGAAUAGAGAUGUACAUCUACAGAGUAGUAACAAGCCCAUCAAGGGUGAGAAGAGGCACCUGAAGUUUGGGAAAUACAAAGAACAAAGAAAAUCACAGCACAGGAACAGGCCCUUUGACCGUCCAAGCCUGCGCCGAUCGAGAUCCUCUGUCUCAACCUGUCGUCUAUUUUCUAAGGUACCUUAUCAAAGGCAUUUGAAUUCCAAACACACUGAAAUUUGUGUUCGCCAGCAAUCACCCGGACUGGCUUGUAUCAUGAAAUCAAAAAUGCAGCCAGAUCUCCUGAACUUCAAGAAGGGCUGGAUGUCCAUUCUCGAUGAUCGUGGUGAGUGGAAGAAACACUGGUUUGUUCUGACGGAUUCCAGCCUGAGAUAUUACAGAGACUGUACAGCAGAGGAGGCCAAUAAUCUGGAUGGAGAGAUUGACUUACGAAGCUGUAGCAAUGUGACCGAGUAUCAGGUUCAACGGAACUAUGGGUUCCAGAUCCACACAAAAGAGUCCACUUAUACCCUUUCAGCAAUGACAUCUGGGAUUCGGAGGAACUGGAUCGAGGCACUUCGAACACACGUUCGUCCAACUACCGUACCUGACGUGACAAAGAGGAACACUUGGAUGAAAACACCGCCUCCUAAAUCCAGUUUAACAGACAGUAACAAGGAAAAUACUUUCCGUGACACUAUAGCACGAAGGAAUGCAGCAAGACAGGAAACAGCGGUCACAGCUGACAGGACACGGCUGGAGGUCCCGCGGAGCACCCGCAGGCCAGAGGGCCAUGAGCAGCUCCUCCCACCAGUCGAGAGUGUAGAGUUGGAGCCUGUGCAGUCACCUGCCAAGGCAGAGGAGCUGACCCGCGAACAGGCCCAACGGAUCGCUGAACGUAGCAGGUGGUUCGAGUCCACAAACCUGAAUGACUGCCCAAGGAAGGAGGCAGAAUGGAACUCCCCUCUUGUCCAAAUCUCUGAGGCCCUCAGCAAGGACAUUGAGGUGAAAUGGCAGGAGCUCGAACGUAUUCCGUUGCGGGACCAUAAGCAGGUCCCUAUCAUGCCUUUGCAAUCUCCCAAUCCUGGUGUCAAUGACAACGGGGUCACCGAGCGACUGAAGAAGGAGAUCUCCUCCCUGAACGUACAGCUGGAUCAGGCCAGGAGGGAGCUGGAAUCUUUCCAGGAGCAAAGGACUCGGCUCCAAGGACAAGUAAACUCCAUCGAGGGACUAAGAACACAGAUUCCAAAAGGCUUCAUCUCUCAGGAAACCUGUGAGCGUAACUUCAGGGAGAUGGAGGAGUCCCAUCGGAAAGCAAUGGAGGAACUUCAACGGCAACAUAAACGGGAGUUAGACAAGGUCCAGCAAGACAAGGACCGACUGUUAUCUGAGGAAGCUGAUGCCACCAUUUCUGCCAUUGAAGCUGUGAAGAAGGCUCAUCGUGAAGAGUUGGAGAGAUUGCGGAGCACUCAGAACAUUGCAAAUAACAGUGAUUUGGAGAGGCUUCGCAAACAGCACCAGGAGGAGCUGGAGUCACUUCAACGGGAGCUGCAGGUGCUGUCAGAACAAUACUCCCGCAAGUGCCUGGAGAUUAACUACCAGAUGAAGGAGACACAAAUGCGGGAGAGGGACCUGUCACGGAGCCAACGGGAAAAUGAGGAGCUGCUUCGACAAAACCGGGAGCUGAAUGGCCAGUUAUCAGAGGAGAUUGCCCGAAUACGUGCACUUGUGACAGGAAAGAACCAAGAUAACGUUGGGAAUUUACCUGUCACUGGUGACAGAGAUACCUGUGAAUUGGAGGUAUUACUGCGGAUUAAGGAGAAUGAAGUGCAGAAUCUCAGGAGGGAGACUAUGUGCCUACGGGAUGAGCUUCAGUCCAUGCAGUGGGAUAAGAAGUAUGCAACAGACAGGUACAAUGAAAUCUACACUGAGCUAAGUGUCAUGAAGGUCAGAACGGAGCGUGAACUCAAUCAGGUUAAAGAACAGUUAAAGCUCGCUAUGGCUGCACUCAAGGAAAAAGACACCUUGCAGAACAGCAUCACUAAAUGAAGACCAGGGCCCUGGCAUUACCACACAGGAAGAGAAGUUAAAUUUAAUGCUUAAGCCUUCAGUAAUAAUCCAAGAUGGUGAAAAUCCCAGUGAACAGUAGCUGUGAAGAAGACAACCACUCCUUUUUCCUUGCCUUUUCUUAAUAAGUUCUCCCACUGUGGAUUACUGCUGUGAAAUUAAAAGUGAAUAGACAUAUAGAAAUGUAUUCACACAGGUUAUCAAUUUAAUCCCUUGCUGCCUUUGAAACCCUGUUUUCGGCUCCCAGCCAAGCACCCCUCAGUUUAGCUGUCACCAUAGUGGCGUUAUGCUGACGGUGGUCUUCCAUCAUCCAAUGCUCACAGGUUGCUGACUGUAUUCUGCAGCAAAUGCUACAUGCUGGGUUUCUCAUACAGCCCCCUCCCAUGCAUUUCCCCCUUUUAUCCCUGUGGGACGCCAGGAAUUAGGGUUGCCAACAUCCCCCAAAUUGGUCAUCAGAAUGUUCAUCCAGCCAAUGGAAAAGCAAGCAGGCUCUAUGUUACUCAAUUAGACAGCUUUUGACUGUCACUCAAACUCCUAACAUUUUUGUAAUUAUUAAAAAAAAUGUUCAGAGGCUUCUUAAAUUGAUAUUUCUUCUCCAGGGCUUGCUUGUCCCAGAUCCUCUUGGCUACUCCUGCAAGAGUUAACCAUCCUCACUGUGGAUCCACUUGGUGUAACUGACUGUAUAGCAAAUUCCUUUACCCACUUUUGGUAAACAUUGCAUUUAAGAAAAGCUAUUUUUUAAAGAAAUUACAAACAGUUUAUUAUUCCUAUUAAAUGUUAUAUAAAGCACUAUUUGAGGGUAACAUGUUGCAAUGUUAAGACUUAAUACAUGGGUCUUUAAUAAUUGCUUAUAUGGUAUUUUUUCUGUAUUUGCCCCAUCAUCAGUCAAAUGCUCCCUUAAAGCCAGCACUUAGGCUGUGCCUAGGAACAUAGGACAUGGAAGAAGGGAAAGCAGUCGAUUGAGCCCGUACCACUAUUCAGUCACCAAAGGUCUGCUUAAUUCUAGCAGCCUCCCUUGGUUUCACAACCAUUAGCACUAGCAUUCAGCAGGAACUGUUGAAGGGGAUGUCACCUUAUGUCUACCUGCUGUCAUGGAGUUCAAAGAUAGCUGUUGAAAGUCACAUUGCAAGAGAACAGUGAGAAAUCUCUUUUUGUUUUUCUUUGUCCUGUUCUCCUGGUCCCACAUUUCACUGCUUCUUGAAGGGUAACUGCUCCUUGGGGUCCCUUCAUCUAUCUCUCCAGGACCUUACCCAAGUGCCCGGAUUCCAUGUGUAGUUUGGUUUAUGUAGAUGUGUGGGGUGCCCGAACAUCAGCAGUCUCCUGUAAAAAAGCACCUUUACAGAGAGUCUCUGAUCAAUGCCAAUAGAAUUUCAAGAAAGGUCUGACUGCUAUGGAUGCUCCGCUUCUGUCAAUAUUAGUCAUGUGGGUACAAGAUGCAUGAAGGGAGCAGAGAAAACAUUGUAGAUGUAAAUGCUCCCAAAGAAGGCAGAGAAGAGUUGGUUCAGUUACGUUUGGUCAGCUGUAACCACUCCUCACAAUGUUUAAGUUCACAUGUCAUGAAUAUGGUGAAAUCCAAUGCACCACAGUGCCUUUUUGUCUAUUAUGGUGUGUAUACCACCUCCUUGUAUGGAAACACUAUUAAUGUAAGUAGGUGUGGUUCAAUCUUAACUACCCUCUGAAAUGGCCAGGGGAGCCACACUGUUUCAAUGUCAGUUAAGGAUGGGCAACAAAUGCUGGUCUUGUCUAUGACCUUACAUCCAUUAAAAAAAUAAAUUGUUAUAAAGUUAAUUCGAGUCCAGUGAACAUUGCUAUAUACAGGCUGAGGAACAUGCUAAGAAACAUGCAAGUGAUUAAGUUAAAUCAACUGAAACUGCACAAUAAGGUAACUAUUGUACCAGCUAUCCAGCCAUUACUCCCUUCAGGCAUGGCGUUGCAAGAUUACCGAAGGAGUUUUGGAACCCCCAGUGAUUGCUGUCCUUACUCCCACACCCUCCAGGCUAUCAUACCUAUCAGCAGCCAGGACCUGAUUCAUUGUCAGUCUUCCUGGCAGUCCCUCUUCCCUGUCAGAUGUACUUGACUUCAAUCUUUCAUUGUCAGGAGCAUGAGCCAUGAACGAAACUGACCCAUCCAAUGUGUCUGAUUUAUCAGGCUGUUGUCCAAUAUCUGGUCUUGAAGGAGCAUAACUUUGCUUCUGACCCAACCACAAAUUCCACUCACUAACUCACCAUCUACUCAACACCCGCUGUGUUCACUGAUGUGCACUGAUUCCCAGUCCACCAAGCCAUGAAUUUGAUAACUCUCAUGCUUGUUCUCAAAUUGUUACAUAGCUUCCACCUUCCCUCUUUAUAAUCUCCCCAUCCUCACAACUCUCUUGAGAUCUGUGCAUUUCCCCAGUUCUAGCCAUCAUCAUUAGCAGAUCUAUCUAUAUCUGUCUGGGCCCUAAGCUCUAGAAUUCCUUCCCUAAAUCUCUAUCUAUGAUUCCCCUAAACUGUGUUGCCAACAGGGACCUGAAUGUUCUCAUGAGGGGUGCACACAAGUCCGUCCCUUUAUAAUGCUACAUCUGCUUGGUCAUGUUAGAAUCUUUAAAAGACUUGCAGAUUUUUGUCACCUGUCUUAAUUUGUCUAAUUCAUUGGUAACCCUUUUCCUUCCACCCAAGAUGUGUUGCUAUGACAAAAACAUUGCAUAAACAUGAGUUUUUUUUUGGUGUACCUUCAGCCAGCUAUCACAUAAACAGUUUGGACAUAAUUCCUGCUACCCAAUGUCUCUGAUCAUAAGUGUCUAGUCUCAAUUUCUCCAACGCCACUGUAAGUUGUGGGUCUCAACACUCAAGAAGCCACCUGUUUUAUGUGUCAAUAUGCUGCAAUAAAGUUACUGUUUUUGACAUCAGCUAAAUACUUGCAGCAGAGGGGAGGAAAAAAAAACUGUACACAAUUCUUUUUUUAUUUACUCAUUCACAGGAUGUGAGGGUCACUGGCAAAACUAGCAUUUGAUGUCCAUCUCUAAUGGCCAUUGAGAAAGUGAUGGUGAAGCAUCUUUUUAAACCACUGUAAUCCUUAUGGUCUAGGAACACCCAUAAUAAUGUCAGGGAGGGAGAUCCAGGAUUCUGAUCUCAUGACAGUGAAUAAAUAGUUAUAUAUUCCCAAGUCAGGAUCUUGUGUGUCUUGUAGGGGAACUUGCAGGUGUCGGGUUCUUGUACCUGUUGGCUGAGCCGUCCUUCUAGAUAUUAUAAAUCACAGGUUUGAGGGGUCCCGUCUAAGAAGCCUUGGUGAACUCCUGUGGUGUACAUUGAAGAAGGUGCACAGUGCUGCCACUAUGCAUCAACAGUAUGGAAGUGAAUGUUGAAGGUUGUUGAUUGAGAUGCCAGUUGAGUGGCUGUUUUACCUAGUGGGUGUCAAGCUUCAUGAGUAUUGUUGGAGCUGCACUCAUAUAGGCAAAUUCCAUCACACUCCUGCUAUAUGUCUAAGGGUUGGUGAACGGGCUCUGGGGAUUCAGGAGGUGAGUUCUUAGCUGCUGACCAGAUCUUAACUGGCCCAGUUCAGUUUCUGGUCACUUGUUGCCCCAGGAUGUUGAUAGCAGGAGCAUUCAGUAAUGAUGGUAAUGCCACUGCACGUCAAGGGAAAAUGGUUAGAUUUUGCCUUGUUGGCAACUGUCAUUGCCCUGACACAGUGUGAGCAUGGAUGUUAGUUGUCUUUUAUCAGCCCAAACCUCAAUGUUAUUCAAGUCUUGCUGCAUAUGUACACAGACUGUUUUAAUAUCUGAGCAGCUGUGAAUUGUAUUGAACAUCGUACAAUCAUCUGCAAACAUCCCCACUUCUGACUUUCUGUGGAGGGAAGAUCAUUGAUGAAGCAACUGAAGAUGGUUGGGCCCAGGACGCUAUCCUGAGGAACUCCUGCAGAGAUGUCCUCAGACUGAGAUAAUUGACCUCCAACAACCACAAGUAUCUUCCUUCAUGCCAGGCAUGACUCCUACCAAUGGAAACCUUUUCCCCUGAUUUCUAUUGACUUAAGUUUUGUGAGGGCUCUUUGACCUCAGUCAAAUGCUGCCUUGAUGUUAAGGGCAGUCACUCUCAUCUCCCCUCAUCUCAUCCAUACGCAGGUUCCAAUUUGACUCAUAAAUCAGAAAAAAUGCUUUACAAUGUUACAAUAAUGUGAGUUAACGGAAGAAGCACUGCAGGCAGCUGCCAUGUAUCAAGCAAGCCGCUGUGUGAUAUGAAGUUAUUGCAAUAUUCUAUGAGUAUUUUUCAAUGUAGAGUACACUAUAAAAUAAAUGUUUAAC